AUGCGGUCCUUGACGACCACACUACUCGCCGCAUUAGGCGCUGUUGGAGCAGUAACAGCAAGCCCUUUGCACAAGAAUGCCAGAGACAACACUGCCAGACAGACAGCUCAGUAUGAAGGAUACAUGUUCGCCUACUUCACUGGCAAUUCUGUCGAAGGAGAAAAGAUCUACUUCGCUGCCAGCAAUGGGAACAAUGCCCUCGACUGGCGAGAGCUCAAUGGUGGCCAACCAGUACUCGCAUCGACGAAAGGAACGACCGGUCUCCGUGAUCCGUUCAUCAUGAGAUCCGUCGACGGCAGUACCUUCUACCUGGUCGCGACUGAUCUCUCAAUUGGCUCUGGUACCUCCUGGGAUGCUUCUGUGCGGACAGGCAGUCGAUACUUGGAGAUUUGGGAGUCGAACGAUCUGGUGACUUGGUCUGAACAACGGCAUGUUCUUGUCUCGCCACCGACUGCUGGAAAUACAUGGGCGCCUGAAGCACACUGGGACGAGAGCAUUGGAGCAUACGCUGUCUACUGGGCAUCCUCACUCUACGCCGAGGACGAUCCAAAUCAUACUGGCGCUUCUUACCACAGAAUGCUCUAUGCAACGACGCAAGAUUUCAUCACAUUUAGCGAACCUCAAAUAUGGCAGGACGCAGGCACUUCUCGCAUUGACUCUGAUGUAUUGCAAGUGGACAAUACCUACUAUCGAUUCACCAAAGAUGAGGGAGCUGUCUCUGGAUGCACGGACAUCAUUCAGGAGAGCUCACCAGAUCUGCUCGCCCAGCUGAAUGGAUGGCAAUCUAUCGCUACUUGCAUUGGUCGAGAUGCGGGCACCAGCGCCAUUGAAGGCCCGACUGCUUUCAGAUCAAAUCCAGGAGAUGUGAAUGGCGACAAGUUCUACCUGUUUGUCGAUGAAUAUGGCGGACGAGGGUACAUACCACUGGAAACCGCUGAUAUCUCAAGGCCUACUUGGCGUGUGUCCGCAAGCUACUCUCUCCCAACCAGCCCACGACACGGCACGGUUCUGCCAAUCACUGCUGCAGAGCUUCAGAGACUUACGAGCAGCCAGCUCAAGAAGCGAGAAAGUGCGUUGAUCCCAGGCCUCUACGCAGAUCCCAACAUUGCAAUCUUCGGGAACGAAUACUACAUCUAUCCAACGACAGACGGAUACCCAGGGUGGGGCGGCAACCAAUUCUACGUUUGGAAGUCGUCUAACCUCGUCGACUGGACACGCUCAGCAGUGCCCAUCCUGACUCUCAACGGCACUGACGGCAACGUUCCAUGGGCAACAGGCAAUGCAUGGGCACCUACAAUCGCCGAGCGAGACGGGAAGUACUAUUUCUACUUCAGUGGUCAAAACCCAACGUACGACCGAAAAACGAUUGGCGUUGCAGUGGCAGACUCUCCUGAAGGACCAUUCACGGCACAGCCUGAAGCUUUUAUCCUCAACAACGAGGAAGUGACUUCAGGCCAAGCUAUCGAUCCUGACGUCUUCGUUGACCCAAAGACCGGAAAGUACUUCAUCUACUGGGGCAACGGGAGUCCCGUUAUGGCAGAGCUAGCAGACGACAUGGUGUCGUUGAAGCCAGGCACCAUCCAAGCGAUCUCAGGACUGACAGACUUCCGUGAAGCCAGCUUUGUUGUCUACCGCGAGCCAUACUACCACUUUACAUACUCGAUUGACGAUACUGGCAGUGAGAACUAUCGUGUCGGAUAUGCAACGUCGGAUAGUGCGACUGGUCCAUGGACCUACAGAGGCGUGAUUCUGCAAAAGGAUACCAGCCAAGGCAUCCUAGCGACUGGUCACAAUUCCAUCGUCAACGUUCCCGGAACAGAUGACUGGUACAUCGCGUAUCAUCGCUUCGCAAUCCCAGAUGGAGAUGGAACGCAUAGAGAGACGACGAUUGACCGGUUGACAUUUGAUCCUGACACAGGAUUAAUCAAUACAGUGAAACCGACCCUUAAUGGGCCCGGUUCACAGACAAUAUGCUAG